GAGAGGAGAGGGGGGAGCCCCAUUGGCGGGGAGGCUGCUCGCCCCGGCCCAGCCCCGACGACGCGGCGGGUCCCGGAGCGCCCCCUCCUCCGCGCCGCCUCGCCGUGCGCCUUGCCCAUGCUCCCGCCUACCUACUUUUCAGGUGUGACAUGUCAAGUUACAUCCCUCUGGCUGCCCUUUCACCAAUCAGCAACUGAAGCAUGUGAUCAGGAGCAUCAUGGAGGGUACAGAUUACCAGUUGCCUUCUGCCAACCCAGUCAGUGUGGCUCUCCCUUCCCCUUCCUCCUCCUCUUCCUGCGAUGGAACUGACACCCUGGCUUUCAAUGGGGAGCUCGACCUGCAGCAUUAUUCCAACGGGCCAGGGGUCCCGGGGGGCGAGGCCCGCCCGUACCCUUGCCCCAUCUGCGGCAAGCGUUUCCGCUUCAACAGCAUCCUGGCCCUGCACACACGCAUCCACACCAGCUCUUACCCUCUCACCUGCCCCUACUGCGGCCAUCAGGCGGGCCAACGGGCCAGCCUCCGCCUCCACCUGCGUUCUCACUGCCCCGAGGCCCGGGCCCGUCUCAGCCACCAGAGCCGCUUGCUGCUGGAGCUGGAGGAGCGGGCGCUUCUGCGGGGGCAAGAGGAGGAAGAGGAGGAGGAGAAGGAGGAAGAGGAGGAGGAGGAGGAGGAAGAGCCCAUUACUCCCAUUCCACCCCCACCCCUGCCCACCUUCCGCUGCCCUUUUUGCAAAGGCAAGUUCCGCACGGCAGGCGAGCGGGAGCGACACCUCCGCAUCCUCCAUCAGCCGUACAAGUGUGGGCAGUGCUCCUUUGCGGCCGCCCAGGAAGCAGAGCUGCAGUGGCACAACCAGCAGGCUCACAACCUUCCUGUCGCGAGGCCGGCCGCCCCUGCUGCCCCUGCCGCUAAGGCCCCGGCCGCCCCACCCGCCUCCACUCCCGCUGCUCCCUCUGCCUCCACACCGACUGAGUUCCGCUGCCAGGUGUGUGGCCAAGCCUUCACCCAGUCCUGGUUCCUCAAGGGCCACAUGCGGAAGCACAAAGACUCCUUCGACCACAAGUGCCAGGUGUGCGGGCGCGGCUUCAAGGAGCCCUGGUUCCUGAAAAACCACAUGAAGGUUCAUCUCAGCAAGCUGGGCCUCCAGAGUGAGCAGCGGGGGCCGGGACCAGGCCGGUCAGCCCAAAGCUUACUCGUGGGUUGCGAGGCCCUCUACCCUUCGCUCCUCUCCCCUCGGCCCACAGACAAGGCCAGCGCGGGCAAUUUCUUGGGCUACGGCGACGCCAGCUGCGCCGAGCGGCUGCAGGCCACAGCGCGGGCGGUGGAGAGCGGCCAGCAGUGGAGGGAACGUCCGUAUGCGGGAGGGUCCAAGCUUGUGAGAGAGGACCCAGGAGGGAGCCAUCGCUGCCCAGACUGCAGUCGGACCUUUGGCACAUUCCAGCAGAUGGCCUUGCACCGACAAAGCCACCUGCCCCGCGAGCGAGAGUGGAGCAAGGCACAGUCGCUGGGCUCUCACCUUCUCACAGGACACUGGCUCCCCACAAAUGUGAGAGGCUCUGCUGCAGCCAACACCAGCCCCGCUCUGCUGACCCAGGAGGAAAAGGAUAUGCAGGGGCAGUCUCGCCUGGAUGGAUCCCGACGGGGCACUGGGAAAGAUUGUCCGUUCUGCGGGAAGUCCUUCAGGUCCUCCCACCAUCUCAAGGUUCACCUUCGUGUCCAUACAGGCGAGCGCCCAUACAAAUGUCCCCACUGUGACUACGCUGGCACCCAGUCCGGCUCCCUCAAGUACCACCUGCAGCGCCAUCACCGGGAGCAGAAGAGCGCUGCCGCUGCUGCAGCUGCUGUGGCUGCAGGAACACUGGAACGGUGCCACAUACCCCUUGCUCCCACUGCAGUCCCUGCCUUUCCCCCUACACCACUCGCCAAGAGCCACGGGCCCUUCGUACCGUUGGGGAGCUUGGGCGCAGCUCGGUCCCGCCCAUCCCGCCGCAAGCCGCUGCUCAACGGGAAGGCUGACUUCCAGCCCUUGGACCUGUCGCUGCGCCCAGCCCUGGCAGGAGGAGCCCUUCACCGCUGCCAGUUCUGCCCCUUCGCCACCUCCGCUCCUGAGCUCAUGGAAUUACACCUUCAGGUCCACCACAGCCGGAAAGCCCGCACCCGCCGCUGCUCUCACACAGCCUCGAAACCCCGGGUGGUGGCAGAGGAUGAGGAGUCUGAACUCCAGAGCCCCCAGCUGAAAGGACCCGGGUCCCGGAGUCCAAAGGGGGAGACCACCAAAUCUCAGAACCUCUGGCAUUCGGAAGACCAGGAAGAACCACCCAGGCCCGAGUUGCCUCGAGGGAAGCGGACCCCCGAUGGAGCAGUAGUGGCCAGUCUCUCUCCUCGAGCUGCACCAGCUCAGCAAGGCUGGGAGGGCCUGUCGCAAGACUCUACGGAGCCAAGACCAGAGGAGAAAUUGCCUGGUCCCAUGGUCCAAAAGGGGCCGCACCAGGAGGCAUCUAAGAUGGGCCAAGGCCUCAUGGAAUUGCAAUUGGAGCCAGUGCAGGCCUGAGUGUGUCUACUCUGCAUACAUAAAUUAGUUUCGAACCUGUUUAACUGUCACAACGACUUCCAGCCAAGAGACUCUGGGAACUGUAGCUCUAUUCCAUGAAAGUUGUACUCUCCAAUAAUGAAUUCUCAACAUCUACAAAACUACAAUUCCCAGCGAUCAUGGGCAGGGGCCUUGGAGAGCCCAUAGCUUAGUGAUAGAGCACAUGCUUUGCAUGCCUUAAGGUCCCAGGUUCAGUCCUUUGUAUCUCUAGCUAAAAGAGGUAGCAGGGCUCAGAACGUCCCCUGCUUGUGACCUUGAAUGGACACUGCUAGUUAAAGCAGACAUGUUGGAGCUAGGUAGACCAGUGGUCUGGCUCAAAUUAAAAGGCAGCUUCAUAAGACCAUUAAACCAGUUUCAGAACUGUUUACAUUCGUAGUAUAGAUGUGCAGAGACCAGGAGAGAGAGUUAGUAAGAUGCCACCCCACAAAUGACAGGGUCAUGCACCCAUCUGUGAGAGGUGUUGGCAUAGAAGGUAGCAGGGUUGUCAACUUUUUUGAAACAGGGUGACUGUCUUUUAACAGCAGGAAGACAAACAGAAAUCCAAGAAGUGCAGAUGUUCUCAGUCGUGCAGCUCUUAACAGCACAGAAGCCCUGCCACGAAAAGGGGCAGGGGGAACGCCAACCUUGGGAGGUAGAAGAAAGAAACUGUGAUAUGGCUGGGGUAUGGAAUUGGUUAAGGGGCAGUGAUGGUGUAGCAAACUUUUUUUUUUUAAUCAAACAGGGUUUGGGGGAGUGAGGCGGUUGUGGUACGUUGGAUUCCAACCCCUUGUUCUCUCCUCAGUUCUGGGCUUGAUGCUGCUUCCUUCCAGUGCCACUGUCUGAGGAAUCGGGCCCUCACAGGAUCUGAUUGUUGGCACAAGUAUAGGGUUGAUAGAUUCAUAAGAGACAAGGCUCCUGUUGUACACCUUGAAAGGUUUUAUAAAAAUGGAGCAUUUCUACAGGUGCAGUUUUUCCUUCCAUAGUGCUACUAUGAUGGGAGAAGCUGAGCCUGUCAAAAUUCUCCCUUCUCUACUUAUUAAUGACACAGGAGCUCUGUCCCUAUUACGCCUGUUUUCCCUGUCAAGUGCCACAGUCAGGGCAGGCCGCAAGAACCACGCUUGGCCUGAGGGAAGUUCUAAGUACCCGUGAUGGGGCCUCGUCUCCAUAGCAUCCGGGUGCCAUGGUCUCUCAUGUGCGUAGCAAGUGACCCAGUGCCAGUAUCUUAUCUCCGUAGUGACCCAGCAACAGAGCUUUGUUUCUAUAGUGACCUGGCACAUCAGGGAGCUUGACAACUAGAGUUUUCUAUUUUUUUAUUGUUUUCUUGUAGAAAAUUUGAAACUGGAAAUAAAAAUUAAAAUGAGAAACUACAAUACUC